AGGCGGAAGUAAACAGGAAAGAGCGGAAGUUCCGUUAGCUUUUCUCCUGUGUGACAGAGAAGGAAGACGGUCGUAUUGUUGUCGUCUCUCAGCUGAAUCUUUGAGCCGUUUGAGCAACCAUGUCUUCAGUUCAGUAUCUGAGAGAGUUUAUCAACGAGCGACUAACUGCUGCUGCGGAAGAAAUCUUCUCAGAGUUUGAAAAAACGAUCGUCCAGUACGAGGAAGUGAUCGACCGUCAGCGCAGACUGCUGGAUAUCACCUGGAAACCCGAGAUAAAGCUGCACACAGCAGGCCUCCAGCAGCAGCAUGUCUAUAAGGAGGAGGAAUUUCUCAUUAACCAGCAGCUCUGUAAUGAGGAGAACCGCGGGGAACCGGAGCCUCUCCAGAUCAAACAUGAACAGGAGGAUUUCUACAGCAGUCAGGAGGGACAGCAGCUUGCACUGAAGGAGGACAUUGAUACCUUUAUGGUGACUGCUGCUUAUGAGGAAAGAGCCCACGGUGAACCAGGACCAGACAGGGAGCAGCUCCUCUCUCACAGCUUCCUGAUAGCUGAGGGUCAAGAUCAGGGAGGAAGCAACUAUGUAGAUUUAGGAUCAGCACAUAGUGCAAACAGAAGUCACAGUACCGAUGCAGAAGACUCUCCCACGUCAGAGGGUCAGUGUAACACUCACAUAGGUAAAAAGUCGGUAACAUGCAAUGUUUGUGGAAAAUUGUUUAAGAAUAAAUACAAAAUACACGAACAUCACAGAAUCCACACAGGCGAGAAGCCCUAUCUUUGUGAAACGUGUGGGAAAAGUUUUACUCAAGGCGGUAGUCUGUUGGUUCACAUGAGGACCCACUCGGGUGAGAAACCGUAUACCUGUAACACCUGUGGUGAAAGAUUUUGUUACUUAUUAGCACUUAAAAAGCACAAGGCGGUGCACACAGGUGAAAAUCCAUUUUUUUGCACAACGUGCGGGAAAACGUUCACUCAAAGGGGCAGUUUGUUGGUCCACAUGAGGAUCCACUCAGGAGAGAAGCCGUAUUCUUGCAAAACAUGUGGGAAAAGUUUCACUAAAAAAUGUACUUUAUUGGUGCACGUGAGAAUUCACACCGGUGAGAAGCCAUACACUUGCAAAGUAUGUGGGAAAAGUUUUACCCAAAGAGGUGGUUUGGUAGUCCACAUGAAAACUCACGCAGGGAAAAAAUCCACAGCCUGUGAUACCAAACAGUCUCUGGAGCCACUGGAUUCAAACUGGGAAUCAGAGCAUCAAGCCGCGGCAGCAACGAUGCCUUCAGUUCAGUAUCUGAGAGAGUUCAUCAACGAGCGACUAACUGCUGCUGCUGAACAAAUAUUCUUGGAGUUUGAAAAAACGAUCGUCCAGUACGAGGAAGAGAUCGACCGUCAGCGCAGACUGCUGGAUAUCACCUGGAAACCCCAAAUCAAGCUGCACACAGCAGACCUCCAACAGCAACACAUUUUUAAGGAAGAGGAGGAUCUCACUAAUCAGGCACUCCAGCUGAGUGUGGAGCAGGAGGAACCAGAACUUCCACAGAUUAAAGAGGAACAGGAGGAACUGUGCAGCAGUCAGGAUGGAGAGCAGCUGGGACUGAAGGAGGAGACGGAUACCUUUAUGGUGACUGCUGCUGAGGAAGGAGAGCACAGUGAACCAGACAGAGAGAGGCCACUCCCUCACAGCUGUCCUGAAACUCACACCCAGGAUCAGGAAGGAAGCAAGAAAGUAGAUCCAGGAUCAACUGGAAAUACGAACAGAAGAGCCAGUAACAAUGCUGAAGACUGUCCCAUGUCAGGUAGUCAAUGUAAAACUGAAACAGGUAAAAAGUCUUUAAAAUGUGAUAUUUGUGGAAAAAGCUUUAAGAAAAGGUCCCAAAUAAAAGAGCAUUACAGAAUCCACACUGGUGAGAAGCCACAUUCUUGUAAAAUAUGUCAGAGAGGUUUUUCUCAUAGGAGCAAUUUGGUGCGCCACAUGAGAAUCCACACGAAAGAGAAGUUACAUUCCUGCCAGACAUGUGGAAAAACCUUCAGUCAGAACAGUCAUCUGCUGGUCCACAUGAGAAUCCACACAGGUGAGAAGCCGUAUCCUUGUGAAACCUGUGGGAAAAAGUUCACAUGUAGUACGCAUUUGACAGCGCACUUAAGAACGCACACAGGUGAGAAACCCUUUCAUUGUAAAAGAUGUGGGAAAAUGUUCUCACGAAGCAGUAAUUUGCUGGAGCACAUGAGAACACACACAGGUGAGAAGCCGUAUCUUUGUAACACAUGCGGGAAAAAGUUCACAUGUAGUAGUCAUUUGUUAGUUCACAUAAGAACUCACACAGGUGAGAAACCAUAUAUUUGUAAAAUCUGUGGGAAAAUGUUCACACGUAAUAGUGUUUUGUUGCGACACAUGAAAACUCACACAGAUGAGACGCCAUAGUCUUGAAAUUUUUCUAGAGAAGACAUCCAAAGCGACUCCAAACUAGGAAAAAAAGAGAUUCAUGGUUAGUGUUAUUACUAUUCAAGGUUUAUUAGAGUGCACUCCAACUGUGAUCAUGUGAGUUUUGUUCCAUCUGUGUCACACUUCACUGCCAUCAUGAGGAUGAAAGAAAACUCCAAAUGGAAAACAUAAUGAAUAUUAAAAUGAUCUCAUUGCCAACUGGAUACAAUUGAUAUUGUGAACAUUUUUUUCCAACCCUCAUAUGUAACAAAAGCAGAAUAAAGAUGUCCAGCAUGUUGUUGUAAAAGACUCUGUAUUUAAAAAAAA